AUGCUGGCCCGGGACAGUGGCCCCGAGCAAAGGACCGGGCUUGCCGUGCUGUGGAGGCAGAUUUACUGGAUCACCUGCUGGAUCACCCUGUAUGCUGUGGAGGCCCUCCCCGCCUGCCCCUUCUCCUGUAAGUGUGACAGCCGCAGCCUGGAGGUGGACUGCAGUGGCUUAGGCCUCACCAUGGUGCCCCCGGACUUGCCCGCUGCCACCCGAACCCUCUUACUCUUGAACAAUAAGCUGAGUGCCCUGCCUAGCUGGGCAUUCGCCAAUCUGUCCAGCCUGCAGCGGCUGGACCUAUCCAACAACUUCCUGGACCAGCUGCCCCGUUCCAUUUUCCGGGACCUGACGAAUCUUACAGAGCUGCAGCUGCGCAAUAACAGCAUCAGGACCCUGGACAGGGACCUGCUGCAGCACUCGCCCCUGCUUCGCCACCUGGACCUGUCCAUCAACGGCCUGGCCCAGCUGCCCCCUGGCCUUUUCGAUGGACUCCCGGCUCUGCGCUCCCUAUCACUUCGCUCCAACCGUCUGCAGAACCUGGACCGGCUGACAUUUGAACCCCUCGCAAGCCUGCAGCUGCUGCAGGUUGGGGACAAUCCCUGGGAAUGCGACUGUAACCUACGUGAUUUCAAGCACUGGAUGGAGUGGUUUUCCUACCGAGGGGGGCGCCUGGACCAGCUUGCCUGCACCCUACCUAAGGAACUGAGGGGGAAGGACAUGCGUGUGGUCCCCAUGGAGAUGUUCAACUACUGCUCCCAGCUGGAGGAUGAGAAUAGCUCAGCUGGGCUGGAUAUUCCUGGGCCACCCUGUACCAAGGCAAGCCCUGAACCUGCUAAACCCAAGCCAGGGGCUGAGCCCGAGCCCGAGCCCAGCACUGCUUGCCCCCAGAAGCAGAGGUAUCGGCCGGUGAGCGUGAGGCGGGCCAUCGGCACGGUGAUCAUCGCGGGGGUUGUCUGUGGCAUUGUCUGCAUCAUGAUGGUGGUGGCUGCUGCCUAUGGCUGCAUCUAUGCCUCCCUUAUGGCCAAGUACCACCGGGAGCUCAAGAAGAGGCAGCCCCUAAUGGGGGACCCGGAGGGUGAGCAUGAAGACCAGAAGCAGAUCUCUUCUGUGGCGUGA